AUGGAAUAUGAGAAUAUGGACCUUGAUGAGAUCGGUCCACGGGUGACCGUACGAGAGGCGGGCAACGCCAAUGUCGACUUCACUCUCAACAAUGUUUCCCUCGCCUUUGCCAACUCGCUACGCCGAACUAUGCUUUCGGAAAUCCCUACCAUGGCUAUAGACCUUGUCGAAAUUAAUGGAAAUACAUCAGUGCUACCCGACGAGUUCAUCGCCCAUCGCCUAGGCCUUAUUCCGCUCAACAGCAAGUCUAUCGAGGACGUCCUCUAUACCCGAGAUUGCGACUGCGAUCAGUAUUGCGAGCAUUGCUCUGUCACGCUUAGUCUGCGUGCGAAAUGCACAGGUGAUGAUAUCAUGAGAGUGUAUGCUAGGGACUUAGUUGUUGCCGAGCCACGACCGAAUGAGUGGGUCGGUAAACCCGUGAUCUCCGACAGUGCAGGACUUGGUGUUGUAAUCUGCAAAUUGAGAAAAGGCCAAGAAGUAGACUUCAAAUGCGUUGCAAAGAAAGGCAUUGCCAAAGAGCAUGCUAAGUGGGCACCAACAAGUGCAAUCGGCUUUGAGUACGAUCCGUGGAACAAAUUGAGGCACUUGGAUUACUGGUAUGAGGAAGAUCCUGCGAAAGAAUGGCCAAAAUCGAAGAAUGCUGAGUGGGAGGAGCCUCCCCAGGAAGAUCAGCCCUUUGACUACAAUGCUACGGCGUCGCAAUUCUAUUAUUCAAUAGAAAGCGUUGGCAAUCUCGAACCGGACAGCAUAGUCCAACAAGGUAUAAAAGUCCUUCAGCAGAAACUUGCUACCGUGCUACAAGAUUUGUCAGAUGGAGGUGACACUAAUACUAAUGGUGACAUGAAUGACGCCGGUGGCUAUGACAAUGGCCCGCGAAGUCCGGAUGCCGGAGGAGACCAUGGCUACACUACGCCUUAUCUCAACGGCGGUGCUACAAGCGCUUGGGGGGUGGACAGACACCCUACGGUGCGACACCUUACGGUCAAUCUGGAUGGGGAAGUUGAGUGUAACCUCUAA